AGCGCAAACUGGGUAACUUGGGUUAUAUGCGACAAAAUCUGGUGUUUUCUCCAAGUGCACACAAAGUGGCAGAUAUAUCAGUAUGGGGCAAAAACUACAUACAAGGAAUUCGCGGGGGUAAAAGAAUAUGAUUUGUUUCAAUUAAAGGAAGACCAUUUAGCGAUAAAGGCGAAGAAAAAAAAAAUAAAACCCCACACCAAUCGAACAAAAAGAUGCUUCUUUCGAUCGUCUUUAGUGGCUUACGGUCAAUUACGCGCCUGAAUGGUAAGAAAAAAAAGUGAGCUCCGAUUUUUUCCUUUGAUUUAAUCUGUGGAAUAAAGGCCAAAAAGAAAGAGAAAACAAGAAGUGUAAUUAUCCCCGAUACUGGCCAAAAGUGAAGGCGGGAAUAGAGAGAAUGAGUAUUGGAGUACGCAAGGCAAUAGGCUUGGAAGUAUGACGUUUGGGUUGAACUAACCACGUGUGGGGUCUGUGUGGAGUUCUUAUACACAUUGGUAAAUAUUUGUUCGAAGAAAAACUAUGAAGAUUUUCAGUAUUCGUUGACAUCGGAGGUUAUCAGCAUCGGAGGGAAAUAUUACUUUUUGAAUAUAAAUAUUUUCAUAAAUCUUUUACAGAAAUAAUUUAUGGUUUACUUUAGAUAAGUACUUCAUGUCGAGGAGUGAGAUUUUUGGUACAGAUAUCAUGCUAUUCUAAAUGAUAUUUCUAGAAUUGUCAAACGAAAUGUCGCAUAUGUUCCAACGGAUCUCUUAGAAAGAGGAGAAGGAAAGAAUAAUUUUUGAAGGAUGUUUUCAAAAUGAACAAACACAGGAAUACGUGAAUGUUUGAUCAAUAUAGUGUUUGAAACGCCGUUAUUUUUUUUUUAUAUAAAAAUUUAUUUCAACAAAUCAAUUUCAAAAUGUGGGGAUGUGCCUGUGAUAUGAGAAAACUUGUCCUCUGUGUCUUGUUGGUACUAAAUACAUUUGUUCUUGCAAGGAGGAAAAGGAACGAACCAGAAUUCUGGUACAAUGACUGUGGGAGUGCAAACAGAUCCGUGAUAUUCAACAAUUUAUUGCUAUUCCCCACUCCGAUAAUCACACCAGGAACUUUAUACAUCAGCAUGAGCGGCAAUAUAACCCGGGACCUUCCCCGGAAGCUAUCCAUCCAGUUGACAGUGCAUAAAUACUGGAUUGGAAUUCCAUUUAUGCUACCAUGCUUUAAUAAUCAAAUUGGUUCGUGUUUAUAUGAAGAUAUUUGUGACAAUUUAGCCGCUUUUGAGCGGAGACGACGGUGUCCGAGAAUGCUGCGGGACUACAAAAUCCAAUGCUAUUGCCCAUUCCGUGCGGGGACCUUCAGUUUUAAAAACCUCGCAGUAAAUAUUCCAAAAAUAGGAGGAUUUGCGGGGGCUUUUGUAAAAGUAAGAGGUGAUUACGGCGUCAGUAUAAAGGUACUAGACGAAUUUAUGACAGAGCUCGGCUGUGUUGAAAUGAAACUUUCUCUGAAGAAACGACACAAAGGAUGGCUGUUCAGAAUAUAGAGCUAUUCAGCUAGUGAAAUGUGAUAUUAUUUCAUAGAUACGGGUGCUAUCGGAGAAAACUAACGUGAAAUCCAUAAUUAUAGAAUAACUCUGUGUCAACUAUUUGUCGCUUCGUUCCUUCUUCUGCUUUAAGUGCGUUUUGUCGGUAAAUUGAAAAUUUUAGUGAUGAUGCUGCUGAUGCGCAUGCGCUUUGAAUUGGGCCAUGUUUUUGUUUGUAAAGUGUUCAUUUUCAACGGGUAUAGGCAAGAAUUGGAUUUUAUGUUUGUACCGUUCAGAAAUGACGUCACCAUAAAGUUGUAUCAUUUGGCAUCAUUUUUCAAACAUACUUAAAUAUAUAGUGUCAGUAGAUUCCGUUGUGAUAUGUUAUGUAGACUACCUCUGUUUGGUUCACUUUUGUUUUGCAAAGCCUUCAUCUGAAACAUUGCUAAAUAUAUAUGUACAGAUUCAGUCAUUUAAUUAUUGUCCAUUUAUGAAUGUAAACAUUUUGAAAAGUAAAUAAAAUUUGUUUUUAUA